UUCUGGGAAGGAGAAGCUUGUAGACCAUUUUAGCUGCAGAUGACAUCGAAUGAUCUGACGAAGAGUGUGGUCUUUCGGCGAGAAGGAAUCCUUUGGCUGUCUUACGUUUCUCAGUAGUUGAGAAAUAUUUAAUUUCAACGUUGCGUUGAAAUAUAUCUGGCCUUAUAUUGGGAAAUAAAUAUGGGUGCAGAUAAACGGGUUAGCCGUACGGAGCGCAGCGGCAGGUAUGGCUCUGAACAGUCUCGCGAUGAUGACCGAAGGGACCGACGAGAUCGGGAUGACCGUGGAUAUGACUCUCAUCGCUGGAGUGAUGACCGCCGCAGUGACCGUUAUGAUGGCGAUAGAGGUGAUAGAGGCGACAGAGGCGAUCGAUACUGGAGCAGAGACAGUCCUGAGCGAGGGAGGAAGAGGCGCAGCAGUGAUGGAUCUGAGGAUGGACAUCAUUCAGAUGGUGAUUACUCCGAGCACGAUUACAGAGGAGAUCCUGCUGAUGAAAAGGAGAGCAAGACCAUCAUGCUCCGGGGUCUGCCCAUGAACACAUCAGAAUCAGAUAUUCGAGCAGCCAUUGACUUGCUGGAAGGGCCAAAGCCAAUGGACGUGAGGCUGAUGAAAAAGAGAACAGGUAUAAGCCGAGGUUUCGCCUUCGUGGAGUUUUAUCACUUGCAAGCUGCUACCCGAUGGAUGGAGACCAAUCAGAAACUGCUGUGCGUUCAAGGCAAGCCUGUUGUCGUGCACUACAGUAACAACCGUCACAAGUUUGAGGAUUGGCUCUGCAACUCAUGUGGCCUGUACAAUUUCCGGAGGAGGCUGAAGUGCUUCAGGUGUGGCGCAGCUAAAGCGGAUUCUGAAUCCAGCAGCACCACAGGAACCACAGAAACCCAGCCAAGUGGAGAUUACUAUGGCGAUACCAUCAUCUUGAGGAACAUCGCUCCUCUCUCUACUGUUGAAGCCAUUCUGGGGGCUCUCGCUCCUUUUGCAAACCUUUUGCCUGGCAACAUCCGCCUUAUUAAAGACAAACAGACAGGCCAAAACAGAGGAUUUGCCUUCGUCCAACUCGCUUCUCCUCUGGAAGCGUCACAGCUGCUUACUAUCCUCCAGGGCCUACAGCCUCCGCUCAAACUGGAUGGAAAGACUAUUGGUGUCGACUAUGCCAAAAGUGCUCGAAAGGAUUUGUUAUUGCCAGAUGGGAACCGUGUUAGCGCUUUUUCAGUUGCCAGCACAGCCAUUGCAGCUGCUCAGUGGUCCUCUAGUCAGCCUCAGCAGAGUGUGGAGCCAGCAUCAGAGUACAGUUAUCUACAGGAGGGAUAUGUGCCCUGUUCACAGGAGUAUCAGGCGUACUAUCAGCAGCAGGCUGGAGCUGUAGACCCAUCACAGGCUAAUGGCAUACUUGGAGCAGCUCCAGGGGUGAAAGUAGUUCCUGCUGCUACAGGAGUGGUGAUCUCUCAGAGUGCACAAGUCUAUCAGUCUCCGCAAGCUACUCAGAUUGAAGGCAAAGCCCAGUCCAUUACAGCCACUGCCACCAUUUCUGCCCCAGCAACCUCUGCAGUCUCUGCUACAGCCACAGCAACAUCUACCUCUCAGGAAAAUCAAGCCAAUGUCCCAGACACUUCAUCCUAUCAGUACGAUGAGUCUUCUGGGUAUUAUUACGACCCCAGCACUGGCCUCUACUAUGACCCAAACACACAAUACUACUACAACUCUCAGUCUCAGCAGUAUCUGUACUGGGAUGGAGAGAAGCAGGCGUAUUUGCCCGCUGUGGAUGGUAAUGCUCAAAAUGCCAUUGCCUCCACUUCCACUCCUCAGAAAGAGGGCAAAGAGAAGAAAGAGAAACCUAAAAGCAAAACUGCUCAGCAGAUUGCGAAGGACAUGGAGCGCUGGGCCAAGAGUCUGAACAAACAGAAAGAAAACUUCAAGAGCAGCUUCCAGCCUAUCAGUCAGGAGGAGAGGAGAGAGGCGGCGGCGGCAGAUGCAGGAUUCACACUGUUUGAGAAGAAGCCUGGAGCAUUGGAGAGGCUUGUAACGGAAGCGUCCAAAAUGGCAGAAGAAGAGUGUUGUUCAUCAAAGGUGGGACUGGUGGCUGCGUACAGUGGCGACAGUGAACCAGAGGAGUGUAUAGAUGGAGACGACAGAGAGGACAAGCUGACGGACUGGAAAAAGCUUGCUUGUCUGUUAUGCCGGAGGCAGUUUCCCAGUAAAGAAGCUCUUAUUCGCCAUCAGCAGCUCUCAGACCUACACAAGCAAAACUUGGAGGUUAUGAGGAGAUCCAAACUGAGUGAAGCAGAACUGGAGGAGCUGGAAAGAAAAGAGACAGAGAUGAAGUACAGAGACAGGGCCGCUGAAAGAAGAGAGAAAUACGGCAUCCCUGAACCCCCCGUGCCCAAGAAAAGAAAAUACACCGCACCAACACCUGUAGUAAGUUACGAGCAGCCCACGAAGGACGGCCUGAACAGUGAUAAUAUCGGCAAUAAGAUGCUGCAGGCAAUGGGCUGGAAGGAAGGCAAAGGUCUGGGUAGAAACCAGCAGGGCAUCACAACACCGAUUGAGGCUCAGUUGAGAGCGAAAGGUGCCGGUUUGGGAACUAAAGGAAGCAGCUACAAUCUCACGGCUUCUGACACCUACAAGGAUGCCGUCCGGAAAGCCAUGUUUGCACGCUUUACAGAAAUCGAGUAAAUGAGUAAGACGUCAUGCGAGCGGUGAUUGUCGUCCUCUGCACUGCGGAGUGUUUGUAUUUAUUUUGACAUUAGAAACUGUUGAUGAACAGAGUUGUACAGAGUAUGUACAGAGUCCUCCAGAAAUGUGAAGUAUGCCUUUUUGAUUUUGAUUGUUUGCUUUUCCAAAAAUAGAUCUCAGACUGUAAAGUUUAUAUAUGAUCUCAGUUUUGUACAUAAGAAAAUAAAUGAGAUGACCUGA